AUGUCAUCGGCCUUAGAUACGCUGAAACAGACGAGCAAACCGGACGACUAUGUGCUCUCGGUACGGAUCGACGAAAAAGUGAUGAUCCGGAGGCAGGAAAACGAGUGCGAUGUCGGUGAAGAAGAGCAAUUAGCGACGGAAUUCAAACUGAUCGAAUACUACAAACAGAAUCCGAUGGUCGAGACCUGUGGGACGGUGCUACAAUCGUUUUCCCGCCGGAAUGGCCAGAAGAACGAAAACAUUGAUCUCUUGCAAGAGAUCUACAAUCCAAAUCUUGCAGUUGUCAUCAAACACCACCAGCUGGAGUUUACUUACAGCAGAACGAACUAUACGGGAAGAUUUCGAAAGUGCGCUAGUGAGAGUGCGCUUUUUCCACGACAGCAACAAAGACUUCCGCUUGUGAAAUUGGAAUUCAAAAUGCCGUUAUCGAACAACAGCGUUUCGAUUUUCGAAAUCCACGUUCUGGUGAAGUUCGCUAAAUCUUUGUUUUCCUCUUUGUCGUUUGCCUCCAGCUACGGUCAAAGUUAUCACCAAGAUUUGCCUACUGGAUGAAAUAAACUGGUGUGCACAAAUGAAACCAUUUGCUUAGGCACUAUUUGGAAACAAUAAUGAAAAUAGAUCAACAAAGAAAAAAGUGAAAUUUUGCCGGAC